CUGCUUACUUUUUUUUCUUCUUUUAUUUAAUAUGGCGGAAGCAUUGACCGCCGACGGGACGUCUGAUUUUUUCAUUAUUCAGUUACGAAUCGCUUUAUCUCAAUAAUUUCGCGUGUAUGUGAUACAAAAGUGAACAUUAGAAGCUUGUGUGUUAUUUUUCAACAAAUAAUUAUUUUAACAGUGCGCUGAAAAAGCUGGGUCUUCUAUAAAAAUGUCUAAACGGGCAGCAUAUGGGGAUGAUGAGGACAAUCCACCCACACCGUCUGAUGACUCAGAUUUUGAUGAUGAUGAAGACCCAGAUAACUUGGAAGUCCCAGGCGGUGGAAAAACACUGGCAGCCGCAGCUCAACUGGGGAACAAGCCCAAAGGCUCAGCGGCACCGAUGCCCGUCACAGUCAGAGCUACUACAAAUCCGUUAGCUGCUGCAUCAGGAGUAGCGUUCGGUCAGGUGGCCAACCAAGUGAAGCCAAUCAAGAUAUCUGCCAGUUCCUUGUCCAAACCUAUCAAUCUCGGCGCCUUGCCUCGCGGUGGUGCUGCCGCGCCGUCGCCCUUCGCGGCGGGUUCGUCGGCCGCGUACAGCGCCGCCUCGCUGCUCGCGCAGAUGGAAAUGGCGGGCAUACCGGGCAUGAACUCGUACCUGCUUCAGAACCUGAAUCAGAUAUUGGCGUCGGGCAUGGGUGGGCCAUUGGCAGGCAUGCUUGGACAGUUUGCACAGCUCACCACGCCUAAUUGGGGGCCUAAAGCUGGCCUCUUUCCGCAAGACAAGAUGCCUGGCGACGAGGAGGAGGUGGACGACGAAGAGAUGGGCGUGGCAGAGACGUACGCCGACUACAUGCCUACGAAACUGAAACUCGGCCGCAAGCACCCCGACCCUGUCGUAGAGACAGCCUCGCUCUCCUCCGUGGAGCCCAUCGACGUGCACUACAGCCUCAGCUUACCCGACGAGACGAUACGGAACGGGUUGUUAUCCGCUCUGCAGUUGGAAGCCGUCGUGUACACAGCGCAGGCGCACGAGCACACGCUGCCGGACGGCACGAGGGCCGGGUUCCUUAUAGGUGACGGCGCUGGUGUGGGCAAAGGCCGAACCAUCGCCGGCAUAAUCUUCGAGAACUACCUGAAGGGCCGCAAGCGCGCCAUCUGGGUGUCAGUCUCCAACGACUUGAAGUACGACGCGGAGAGAGACCUGAGGGACAUCGGGGCGGGGAAGAUUGAAGUUCACCCUCUAAAUAAGUUCAAAUACGCAAAGAUCUCAUCGGCGGUGAACGGGAACGUUAAGAAAGGCGUCGUAUUCUGUACAUACUCGGCGCUGAUCGGCGAGACGCAGUCGAACACCACCAAGUACAGGACGAGGCUCAAGCAGCUGCUGCAGUGGUGCGGGGAGGACUUCGACGGAUGCAUCGUAUUCGACGAAUGCCACAAAGCGAAGAACCUCUGCCCCGUCGGCUCAGGCAAGGCCACAAAGACCGGCCUUACCGCCCUAGAGCUACAAAACAAACUCCCCAAGGCUCGCGUAGUAUACGCUUCGGCCACGGGUGCGUCUGAACCAAGGAACAUGGCCUAUAUGGUCCGGCUUGGUAUAUGGGGCGAGGGAACACCCUUCCCUACGUUUAUGGACUUUAUCAACGCGGUAGAAAAGAGAGGUGUCGGCGCCAUGGAGAUCGUAGCCAUGGACAUGAAGCUCCGAGGCAUGUACAUCGCCCGCCAGCUCUCGUUCCACGGCGUCUCGUUCAAGAUAGAGGAGGUGCCGCUAUCGGACGCGUUUCGUGAGACUUACGACAAGUCUGUUGCCUUGUGGGUGGAAGCCAUGCAGCGGUUCACGGAGGCCGCGGAGCUGAUCGACGCGGAAGCUCGCAUGAAGAAGACCAUGUGGGGACAGUUCUGGUCGGCGCAUCAACGGUUCUUCAAGUACCUGUGUAUCGCCGCUAAGGUGCAUCACGCAGUAGUAACAGCGCGAGAAGCGGUGAAAUGCGGCAAAUGCGUCGUGAUCGGGUUGCAGAGCACGGGCGAGGCUCGAACCCUGGACCAGCUGGAGCGAGACGACGGAGAGCUCAGCGACUUCGUCUCCACCGCCAAGGGCGUGUUCCAAUCUCUGGUGGAGAAGCACUUCCCCGCACCGGACCGCGAGCGCAUCAAUCGGCUUCUAGGCCUCGAGGGGCCUAAGAAGGCUCUUCCAGCGCCCACACCCAACGGCCGCACCCCUACAGCAUUGACUGUAACAGCAUUGACCGGGGAGUCCAGUAAGAGGAAAUUAACAUCACGACAACAAGCCAACAUAGCGGCAAAGCGAGCUCGCGGCGGUUCGUCUUCGGACGAAUUCAUUCGUGGAUCCGACGACGAAGGAGAAGCGGAGUCGGGUGACGAACGCAGGCGGUCCGACUCUGAGAGCGACUCUAAUCCAUUCCGCGCCGGUUCCGGCACGGACUCGGACACUGAACCCUGGAUGAGAAAGAAGAAGCCCCUCAAGAAGAAGAAAGCGGCGUCCCCCAAGAAGAAGCCGUCGACCACACAGGACAAGAUCGAGAAUAUGUUCUCCAGGAAGACCAGCACCACCGCGCCGACGGUCACCGUCGCGGCGCCCGGCGGCAUGCUCACAGGGACGCCCGUCGGAACCAAUGGACUCUAUUUGGGUCCAGCACGCAACAACCAGCCGCCGCCGCGCUCGGCCAUCGAGCGCGCGUGCAGCAUGAAGGAGGAGCUGCUGGCCGCCGUCGAGCGGCUCGCCAAGCGCCUGCCGCCCAACACGCUCGACCAGCUCGUGGACGAGCUUGGCGGCACAGAGAACGUGGCCGAGAUGACAGGCCGCAAAGGGCGCGUCGUACAGACGGAAGACGGUCAGAUCCUCUACGAGAGCAGAUCCGAAGCCGACGUGCCUCUCGAGACGCUCAAUCUAACGGAGAAACAGCGAUUCAUGGACGGCGAGAAGGAUGUAGCUAUCAUUUCUGAAGCGGCAUCUAGUGGUAUUUCCCUACAAAGUGACAGGAGGGCGCGGAACCAAAGGCGGCGCGUACACAUCACCCUGGAGCUGCCGUGGUCGGCCGACAGGGCUAUACAGCAGUUUGGUCGCACACAUCGAUCCAACCAAGUGAACGCCCCGGAAUACAUCUUCCUAAUCUCUGACCUGGCCGGCGAGCGGCGCUUCGCCUCCACCGUCGCCAAGCGGCUCGAGUCCCUCGGCGCCCUGACACACGGAGACAGGAGGGCCACCGAGACCAGGGACCUCAGCCAGUUCAACAUCGACAACAAAUACGGUCGGACGGCGCUUGAAGCUGUGAUGAAGGCUAUCAUGAAGUACGAAACGCCGCUAGUGCCCCCGCCGAGAGAUUACAACGGAGAUUUCUUCCAGGAUAUCGCCAGCGCGCUAGUCGGAGUAGGACUAAUAACCAACAGCGAAUCUGCGCCUGGGGUGCUCACGCUUGACAAGGACUACAACAACAUGUCGAAGUUCCUCAACCGGAUACUGGGCAUGCCGGUGGAGCUGCAGAACCGGCUCUUCAAAUACUUCACGGACACGCUCAACGCUGUCAUGGAGCAAGCGAAACGCAGCGGGAGGUUCGACCUCGGCAUCCUGGACCUGGGUAGCGCUGGCGAGUGCGUGCGGCGCGUGCGCUGCGUGCGCUUCUUGCGGCGACAUGCGACCGGGACCGCGCCUGUCGAACUACAUACCGUGCAUUCCGAGCGCGGCAUGGACUGGACGGAGGCGCUCGAAAAGCAUUCACAACACGACGGGCCUAAAGAAGGCUUUUAUCUAUCGGUAGCGCAACGCAACGGCAAAUAUACCGCCGUGUUAUGUAUCGCCGUAGGGAACCAGCACGCGAGAACGCAGACCAAGCUCAGCAAGAAGGAGCAGAUGUAUCAGAUAUACAGGCCUAACACCGGUCUCCAGCUACGCCUGGAGUCCCUCGCGGAGAUCGAGAAGAAAUACAAGCGGGUGGCGGCCGAGGACGCCGAGACGUCGUGGCGGGCGCAGCACGCGGCGUCGCUGCGGGUGUGCAGCCACGCCUACUGGCGCGCCUCCUGCAGGAACGCGGCUAGCUGUGAGGUGGGUCUGCGGCGGCGCACGUACCACGUGCUGUCGGGGUCGGUGCUGGCGGUGUGGGCGCGCGUGGAGGCGGUGCUGGCGCAGCGCUCGCAGCUCAACAAGAUGCAGGUCGUGCGCAUCAAGACCGACCAGGGACUCAAGAUUGUCGGCACGGUGAUCCCAAAGAACUGCGUGGACCCGCUGAAGGAGACGCUCUCGUCGGACGCCGUCAACGUGUCGGAGCAGUCGUUCGAGCAGACCGACCUCAAGUGAGGGCGCGGAGUCCGCGGCGCGAGGGCUGCAGGGUGAACAUGCACUUGUCGUUCAUGUACCACUGUUCAACUGGACAUAUACGUUGUUAACAACAACAAUUUAGCCUGUAAGGGCAUUUUCAUUUAACUGUGCACCUUUAACGGCCGGUUAGCAAUCAAAUCCCAUACCUUUUGUCAGGAAUGUAACGGUUAGACGCUACUGAAACACGAGUUAAGUCGCGCUUUAAAGUAAAAGUUAAAUGAAAAUGCCCGUAAACGUCCCACUGCUGGGCACAGGCCUCUCAAGCACGAGAGGGUUUGGACUAUAGUCCCCACGCUGGCCCAAUGCGUGUUGGGGACUUCACAUACACCUUUGAAUUUGUUACUGUUAAAUUGAUCACUAAUUCCCUGUACCACGCACACUCAAAUUGUUGUCGUCAUACAUAGUACCUACUGUUAAACUGGUCAUAUACGAUGUGGUACCAUUGUUAAACUGGACAUAUACGAUGUGGUACCAUUGUUAAACUGGCUAUAUACGAUGUGGUACCAUUGUUAAACUGGUUAUAUACGAUGUGGUAACAUUGUUAAACAGGCUAUAAACGAUGUGGUACCAUUUUCAAACUGGCUAUAUACGAUGUGUUACCAUUGUUAAAUUGUAUACGCGUACGUCAUCGUAACACGGAAACCAACAGUUUUAGACUUAUAUAGAUUGAGGAGUACCACUGUUUCACUGCUCAUGUAUGUGUACUGUGAAAAUUGACAGUUUUAAUAUUUGCUCUGGAUAUAGAUCGAGGAAUAAUUUUAUUCUAAUCUGACAGUACAGCGAUGACGCUAAAAAAAUGUGCGUACAUUACAUAAUUUAAAUUUCGCGUUUUGUUCCAUGGGUCUGAUGGGAAUGUUUGGCGAAUUAAAAUUAACGCCUCUUUAAUAUUCCAACUCAGUAUACUACCGCAACUAUCUAUAUAUAAGUGAAGGAAAAUAGGAAUAUAUACUUUAUAUACAGUCCUAUCCUCAUAAGGCCCAAGGUGCAUAUUUGUACUGUUUUGUUAAAUUUUUAAACAAAACAAAAUCAACUCUAUUCCCUACACUGUAGGUUCAAAUGUCAGUAACAAAAUUUGGAUUUUUCAUUUGUAUGAUUGGACCAUAGAUUAUUAUGUUCAUAUACCAAUAGACCACAUGACCAUCAGUGGGACCGCCUUUGCAAAAAGGCUCACAAAUAACAACAAUGUAGUUAAGGUUGUAACAGGUUAAAAUGUGACGUUCUCAAGCAAAAGGUACCACAUUGUCGCUUGCCUUAAGGACGCUCUGACAGGUUAUUCGUAUAAAGAUACGAAUCAGAAAUAUUUAUUGUAUAAACUGUGUGGGUACAAGAAGUAUAAUUGGUUACAUUUUUUGAUGAGUAUCUACAGUUUUACUCUUUUCGGGCAUACAGUCAACAACAGAGCUAUGAAUACAGGCAAAGUGCCAAAAAUAUGUAUACACGACCUUAAUGUACAGACAAUAAAGUACUGUAUACAUAUUUUUGACACUUUGCCUGUAUUCAUAGCUCUGUUGUUGACUGUACAAUUUAUUUUAUCUUAAACUAAAUUUAAAUACCCAUUUAGGUUUACGGAGUUAUACAAAUCUUUUAAAUUAUAAAAGGUUUUGUCUAUUUAAAGUUUUUUAAACAUCUUUUAAAAGUAUUUCCUUCGAGACUUUUUAACUCGUUAGGCAGAUGAUUAAUUACGAGCAAAUUUCAUCCUUAUGGUAAGCGACAAUGUGGUACAUUUUGCAUGAGCACGUCACAAAUAAUGGUACUUGGCAAUGCUCCAUGCAUUAUGACAGAAUCAUUCCCCAGACCUCGCUGGGUUCGGGACCGUGGACCAUGGAUAGGACGAUGGGCCAUGGUCGGAUGUGAUAGGCCUUGCCGUCGGCUUCGGCUCUGGUAGUCAAUUAUGGAUUCUUUGGUCCGUUUCUCGUUCAGCCUCCCGUUGUGUUCAAAUUAUGCGAACGCUUGACUUUAUAUGCCAAGGCUUGUCAAGGCCAAGAGAUAAAGUACAGUGCGACAGAAAAUAGUAGAAAUUAAAUAGAAUGGAACCAAACAUAUUCCAUGCUAAAACAAAAUAAAUAAUAGUACUACCGUACAGAAAGGAAACUUCCUGCAAAUGUGACAGUUACGUAGGAAGUGGCGCCCUCAAUAAUUUUCUACAAUUUCUUGUCGGACUACAAGUAGGGCCUAGGUAGGCUAAAUGUGGCUUUUCAUCACAGAAGGGUCCUGAUCCUUCAAGUGCUAAAGAAACUCCAAUAGAAAGGUACUUUAUUGCACAUGAAGCUUAAGGACUCUCCUUUGAUGGAAAGCCACAAAUGCUCAUAUUCUUCUUCUUCUUCCUCGCGUUAUCCCGGCAUUUCGCCACGGCUCAUGAGAGCCUGGGGUCCGCUUGGCAACUAAUCCCAUGAUUUGACAUAUUAGGCACUAGUUUUUACGAAAGCGACUGCCAUCUGACCUUCCAACCCAGAGGAUAAACUAGGCCUUAUUGGGAUUAGUCCGGUUUCCUCACGAUGUAUAUUGGCACACAAAUGCUCAUAUUAUUGACGUUAAAUGAAGAAUAAAAGCUGCAGAUUGGUGUCAUUGUUGGCUGUUACCAAGGGCAUGGAGAAACGAGUAAGCUUAUAGUGUUCACUCCAAACAUAGUUCAAAACCCAUUUAUAAUAAGUUUCAUUCUUAUUUAUAACUUGACUGAUUUAUAAGCGACCCUCCCCGGCUUCGCACGGAUUACACAAAAUCUUAACUAAUUAUCAGAGCUCGGCAGGGGUGAGCCAUUUUGACAUCACUUAUGUCAAGUGUAGAUAUUAAUAUAGAUACACCUUAGAAAGAAAUAUUAAAAUAAAACUUUAUUAAUUAUAAUUAAACUAAAAUGACAAUGCCUUAUGUACAAAUGAACUUUAAUAAUAGCAUAUGGAUGGAUAUACAUAUUAUUUGAAGAGGUUUACUAAAAAAGCUUGACGUAAAGAUCGUAGCGGAAAGGCAGCCUAAAUAAAAUAAUUUCUUUAGUUAUUAAAUUACACCACAUAUACCAUCGAAUGACAAGGCAUGUCCAUGUUGUGCAAACUCUGAAAACAGCUCACCCCCGCCGAGCUCUGCUAAUUAUACACCUAAACCUUCUUCAAGAAUCACUUUAUUGAUAGGUGAAAACCGCAUGAAAAUCCGUUCGGUAGUUUUUAAGUUUAUCGCGAGCAUACAUAGGUACACGCAAACGGACAGACGCGGCGGGGAACUUUGUUUUGUAAGGUGUAGUGAUAAGACUCAAACUUAAGAAGUAUUGUUUUAAGCAAGUUUAAAACUUAUUAAUCAUAAGUUUAAUCUCCCACACAACUUAUUAUGUAAGGAAAUCCGUGUUUGGAGUUAGCAACUUAGCAUUCUAAACUUAUUUAUUUCUCUAUCCCUAUGCCUGACUACUUUAGGGACGUCUGAAAUAGAAACGUGUAUUGCGAAUAUCAAACAUUAUAAUUUCGCAAAUAAAAUGUUCUUAGAUUUGAGAGUGCCAGUAUAAAGAUAACUGCAAGUAUAUUCCACAGAUAUGAAAACAAUAUGUCAAUAAAUGUGUGCUUUUACCCUACUUAGGAAGAUGUUACUGUAGAGCAUAAUUAUAUUCCAUCGUAUUUUCACGGAAACGUACGAGUGUCUUGUUAUUUCAGUCAGUCUCGGUACAAAAAGUAAUGAGGUCGACUGAAGUUGUAUGAUAAAUACGAACGUUUCCGAGAAAAUACGAUAGGAAACAAUUGUGCCGUACAUCUGUAGAUUUGUAUAACUUUUAUAUAGGGUGACAUUGACAAGGAAAAUUUGGCAAAUAUGGUCAAGUGUGUCCUCAGUCGGUAUAGCACGAGUUGCGUUCUCGCGCGCAACUCCAUAAAUCGAGCGCGCGCAAGUAUGGACGCAACUUAUGCUAGACCGCGUUUCCGCUAUCGAAGCCAAAUUUCGCUUUUCGAUUACUAUCUACUAGCGAGCUUUGGGAUUACAAUUAUGCCUAAUAAUAAAGCUGUUAUAGUAAUGCCCUCUCACUACUUACUACUAAAAUAUGUAUGACGUUAUACGAAUAAAGGUACCUUAUGGCGGUCGGCGCUUACGCUCUUAUUAACGACGCUACAAUACUAAUACGGUACUAUGCGACGUAAGCGCCAACCGCCAUAAGGUACCUUUAUCCGUGGAAUGUCACAUUUGUGUAGAAAAGAGACAACGUAUAUUGGCACGCGAAUGGUCGUAAAUUGUCAAUAUUUUUAUACAUUUUCGGCGUCAAUACGUGGCAUUCGCUUUAUUCCUAAGCUGACUAAUAUACCCAAUAUUGAUUAAUUAAUUUCAGAUUUGAUAGAAACAUGAUAUUAUUUAUGUAGCUGCCGAUCGGCGUUAGUACCUAUUAUAUUUAUAAAUGACUUACUAAACCCUGUUCAUUGUAUCUUAUUUCCAAGUAUUAGGGGCCGUUUUCCAACGGCCACGGUGGGCAGGGUGUAGUCGCGGUAACUGGCAUUCAGUUUCCUAUAAUAUAAUUAAUUGUUAGUGUAUGUCAUGCGUAUGCAUCGAUUAUUAGUUUUAUAUAAUUUUAAUUAUUUAUAGAUUUGUAAUGGCGCGUCCAUAUCGGCGUAGAAAAACGAUGUUCGACAUAAAGUAAAGACGAUAAUCAAGUAGAAUUUCAUAUAUUGACCCGACUGUUCCUAUCUCUAUCUCACGCGCAUAAUUAUAUUUUUGUCCCGUCGAUGAACCGGUCAAUGACACUGUACGAGCGAGACAGCAAUACAAUUAUGCGCGUGCGCGAGAGAUAGGAACAGGCGGGUCUAUAUACGAAAUUCUUCAUGCGUACUUUACUUGCCAAAACAGUUUUUUUUAUUUGUGUGGAAUAAUUAUUGUUCGGUUUUAAUAUGCCGGUGUGGACGCACCAAUAGACAUCAACUUGAUGUGUAGGGUUUUUUGACAAUUUUAUAUAGGAUCUAACAAAUUGUGACGCCAAGUAGUAGAGUUCAACCGGCGGCGUCUCUAAGAACUGAAAUGUAUGUUUAAUUUGUACAAAACGUAGCAAGUUAUUGUUUUAAUCAUAUUAUUAAUCUUAUUUUAUUAAAGUAUUCUGGUAAUCAACAUAGGGUAAUUCGCCAGUAACUGGCCGGCCUAACUGAAAAUGAAUUCUAUUCACCUAUAAAUAUAUCUCUAAAUAUAUCAUCUAUUUAUAGGUGAAUAGAAUUCAUUUUUGGUUUGGGGUGGCCAGUUAUAUACUAAAAGUGGCCAGUUACUGGCGAAUUACCCUACUCCAAUCAACGCGAUUUGUUUCUGACAGAGUUCCAUUAGCCUAAUAAUAAAUCAGUAUACGUUGAUUGUCUGGAUAUCUAGUUCCAACUCUGGCUAACACUGGUUUAAUCUAGUCUUUUUAAAUUGAUUAUUAGAAUACUUCCGAGAACAUACAAUAGUGCUUAUUUCCGGCUCGGUUUCUAAAUUAAACGUUAUGUAUAAAACUCUAAAGUCUAUAUUAAAAGUAGCCUAAAAGAAAUAAGCUCCUAUUAGUAUUUUUAAAUGAAUUGUUUCCUUAUUGUUUAAUCGUAUUAUUUGGACGCGGCAUAUAGCCUAUAACUACGUAAAUUGUAUAGAAUACAUUAUAUAUAGCGCGUGCAAUACGAAAAUGAACUCUAUUGAGCGGUGAUAAGGUAGGUAUCCCAUCGGCGUGGACUUAAUGAGAAGUAUAUUUUGUAUUUAGAUUAGUGACAUACGAGUUGGCUUAGGGCCAAUUAUAUAAAACUUAUAUUCGAAAUACACGAAAUUAUAUAUUAAGUUUUAACAUGUCCUUUACAAUUUAAACUUAGAUGAAAUGUCUUGGUCCCUUGAGAAUGACACAGCCAAAAGGUGCAUCCACACUGCAGUUAAGUUUUGUGGACCAACACUGUGCAACAGUAGGAAACAGGUUUUAUUCACAAGAGCUGGCACGAAUGGAAUGAGUGAAUGAAAAUAUUUGUGUGUAUCACUUUAGCCCAUUAGGGCAGUUCGCCAGUAACUGGCCACCAGUUAGUAAUUAGCCACCCUAAACUAAAAAUGAAUUCUAUUCUAUUUAUGAACAGAAAUAAUUUUAGUGGUGGCUAGUUAUUGAAGGCUGGCUAGUUAUUGAAACCUUAUACUAAAAUACUAAGAUGAAUUCUGUUUAUAGGUAAGGUAAGUAAUUUUUAGUUUAGGUUUAGGGUGGCCAGUUAUUGGUCGGUGGCCAGUACUGGCAAAUUACCCUAAAUGGUGACUCUUUAAAGUAAAAUUUAAGUAAAAUUUUAUUUAAUUUUACCAAACCUGAUUAAAUCGCGUGUAUUUCGAAUAUAAUAAUGAUUAGUGAUAUCGAAUCGAAUUAACCAAAUAUUUGAUAGUAAGAGCACAUGCUAGGUAAGGCCAAGUGUUUUUUUUUAUAAAAAUGGCCCUAACGCCAGCGACUAAUGGUAAUGAUUAUUGUUGUUAGCUGUCUGUAAUACUGCGAUAUCUGAUCAUGUGAUUAUAUCACUAGGUGUGCUGCGGAUUUACAUAGUUAAUGUAUUGUAGGAAUUUAAUCAUUUCAUUUCUAUGCUAUAUGUAUAUGAUACGUACAGCAGCAGAAGUUGCUAAGCAGGUCAGGUGUUAUAUAAUAAAGUCGUGUCAAGAUCAUUUUGAACACCUGGCCCGCUUAGCAACUACUGCUGCUGACUGUACAAACACAUGAAAUAGGCAUUUUAAUCAUAAUUUAAACGGAAUAUUUUUUAAUGCGAUUCGAAAUUAUUUACGAUUUUAAACACUUCUUGCCAUACCUACAUAAAAUUGCUAUAUAAAUCUGCAACACGCAUCUAUUAGUUGGAAUUGUUGAAUUCAUUGCGGUUUUUUUACGAGGUUAGUCUCUCGCACUGAUUGCGGGUAAUACAGGAAUAAUGUAAAAUAUUACAAUAUCCGCUCACAGAGUAGGGAUUAAACCGGAUACGCCCGGAGGACCAUUUGGAUUGAAGUAAAAAUUUUGUGAUUUGUGUAGUUAUCUGUAUUUGUCCCUACUCUGCGCCUAAACUAAAGUACUCAAGUCAUGGCACUUUAAAUCUCGUCUGUCUUCAUGAAUAAAGACAAAUAAAUGUAUAUAAAUACGA